CUUUCACGUCAUGAAACUGGCUGGGACAGUGAGACGGCCUGAAACUUCCCAUCAAACAGCUCCAGGAAUCCUCUCCCACAGCCAGCGUCCUCUCCUCCUGGGUCUCUAUGGUGUCCGGGGCCCAAAGCGAUGCCAAGGGUCAGCUAGCUGCCAUGUUCACUAAGAAAAAGAAACGCAUUGAGAUCUCAGCCCCGUCUAACUUUGAGCAUCGGGUGCACACCGGCUUCGACGAGCAGGAGCAGAAGUUCACGGGGCUCCCGAGACAAUGGCAAAGCCUUAUAGAAGAGUCUGCCAAGAGGCCCAAGCCACUGGUGGACCCAGCAUGUAUUACGGCUAUCAGACAUGGGCCGCAAAAGACAAUUGUGCGCGGGAACAAGAUGUCACGAGACGGAUCUCUGACUUGGCUCCUGGAUGAGUUUGAGAAUAUGUCUGUCUGUCGCUCUAACUCCUUGCGUAGAGAGAGUCCUCCGUGUCCUCCAAAGGAACAGAGAGUCCCUGUGGAAAACGGCGUGAGCGACGGCCGUGUCCGCAAAAUACGCGAAGAUGGAAUCAGAGGACCGGAGAGGAGCAGGACAGAGCAUGGAAGGGACAGACCUAGAGAAGACCACAGAGCCCCCCCUCAACAACCACGAGGACAGGAGCCAAGCAGUAAGCACCGUCCGCCUCCUCCAGAUUACCCUAAAGCAUCAGAGAACAGAUCCACACGUUCUCAUGAGAGAGCGGAUGGAAGGAGAGACCACCCUGUGACGGAUGGGGACUACAGCGAACCUGCUGAUAGGGUGGUGAGGAGAGAAAAGGAAGAGAGAAGACCAAAAUCUGCAUACACUGGAGGACAAGACAGCCCACAGUCACCUCGCGACAAAAGACCACUCUCUGGGCCCAAUAUCCGUACGCCAGGUAUCCCUGCCUCAGAGGGAGCGGUGAAGCCAACGCAACAGGCAGGGCGACCUUUCAAUACUUAUCCCCGUGCAGACACUGACCCCGGAAGGGGGGCACCUCCACAGAUACCGGAUUCACGUUCGGCCAACCCUCUCGACCCCAAAAAUCAUUCAAGCAAAGGCAGUUCUCGUCCGCCGCCACCGCUUCACCCCAAACCUAAACCCCCAGAAAAGCCGUCUCCAGCCAGUCUCCCCCAGCACAGCUCCGACCCCCAGCUCUCUCGCCCCCCACAGACACAACAACCUCCCCAGCCUCGUUCCCCACAAAGAGAGCCCCAGCGGGUGUCACACGAGCAGUUUAGGGCGGCCCUGCAGAUGGUGGUGGAUCCCGGCGACCCCCGAUCCUACUUGGAUAACUUCAUCAAAAUCGGCGAGGGCUCUACAGGGAUUGUUUGCAUCGCUACCAUCAAGAGUUCUGGGAAACUGGUCGCCGUCAAGAAGAUGGAUCUCCGCAAGCAGCAGAGGAGGGAACUUCUAUUCAACGAGGUAGUGAUCAUGCGGGAUUACCAGCACGAGAACGUGGUGGAGAUGUACAACAGCUACUUGGUCGGAGAUGAGUUGUGGGUUGUGAUGGAAUUUCUGGAAGGAGGCGCUCUGACGGACAUCGUGACACACACCAGGAUGAAUGAGGAGCAGAUUGCCGCUGUAUGUGUAUCCGUACUGAAAGCUCUGUCCGUGCUCCACGCCCAGGGAGUCAUUCACCGGGACAUUAAGAGCGACUCUAUCCUGCUGACCCACGAUGGACGGGUGAAGCUCUCGGACUUUGGGUUCUGCGCCCAAGUAAACAAAGAAGUUCCUCGGCGUAAGUCUCUGGUAGGAACUCCUUACUGGAUGGCCCCGGAACUCAUUUCCAGGUUACCCUACGGUCCUGAGGUGGAUAUCUGGUCCCUGGGUAUCAUGGUGAUAGAGAUGGUAGAUGGAGAACCGCCCUACUUUAAUGAACCUCCGCUGAAGGCUAUGAAGAUGAUUCGGGACAAUAUGCCACCAAAACUGAAGAAUGUGCAAAAGGUAUCCCCCUUACUGAAGGGAUUCAUUGACCGGCUUCUCGUGAGAGACCCGAGCCAACGAGCCGCUGCUAUCGAGCUGCUGAAACACCCCUUCCUGACCAAGGCCGGGCCGCCGUCAUGUAUUGUACCACUGAUGAGGCAGAACCGCAUGAGAUGAGCUUACACACACAGGGAAACGCUUAUCCCAUUACGCAGCCCACCAAAGACUGACUAAUUCUGGGGGAGUGGGGGGGGACAAGAACGCUAAGGUGGCCACAUUGCCAUCUGCUCAGUAUUGUACCAGGAUCCCUGGAUCGGAGCUACUGAUGGACGCCUCUCUUGGACACCCCUCUAGUUUGCUCUCUCUCUCUCUCUUCCAUUCCCUGAGAAGACUUGACCGCAGUUGCUUCUCUCAGCCCAUGGUAACCCUACAUUCAUCUCGCCAGCCUUAGAGUGCUCAGGUAAUUUAUUCGUAACAAUGCACAAUACAGGAACCAUGACAAACCGAGAGCGAUCCGGAACCCACCUAAGGGGGGAGGAACCUAAGGACCUGCUGUGUUCUACUCGGAUGACCAACAAGCACUUGGACGGACACAAGACCCAUGCCCAUCAUUCAUUACCUGGGACUUAACACUGGAAAAACAGACGCACCUAAACUGUGGUCGGGGCGGGGGACAACUGGAAAUUACGUGGGAUUGUCUAAAGGAAUCCUAAAAUGUGAUUUUUUUAAAUUUUAUUUCUUGUGUUCUUACAGGGAGCUGUUACGAGCAGAACACAUUCUCAGCCCCGCUACCUUAGUUAAUGCCUUCUCAUUUUUAAGCAUUUUUGUUACCGCAGAGGAAGGCCCGGGGGUCUGAGACAGGGGGGCUACUCCUCUUCUCUCUCAACAUUUCUCUAUGGCAGUGUUUCCCAACCAGGGUGCCU